AUGGUCGAUGCCAAUGGCAACAAUGGAGCGCAUGGUCGCCCUGAUAUCGAAAGGAAACCUCAAACCAGCGAGCCUCUUAAGAGAAGCGCCUUUCGGGCUAUGGUACAGGAUUUCUCACCAAUAUGGUUUUCCUGGUGCAUGAAUGCUGGCAUUAUUGCUAUUCUGAUGCACCAACUUCCCUACCAGUUCAACGGGCUACCUGUGCUGUCAACAAUAGCAUUCAUGAUCGACUUCAUCCUCUUCAUCAUGUUCUCGGUGGUGAUGCUCCUUCGCUUCGCAAUGUUCCGAGGGCAACCUUACAACGAGAUCUGCGAAAACAUCCCUGAUCUGGGCCUGCUUGCUUGCUGGCCUAUCGCGUGGCUGACAGUCACUGCGUUCGUUUCCUUGAUUAUCAGCGAAGCACAUUGGGGUUCGCAUGCAUUUACCAUCGUUGCCUAUGUCAUGUGGUGGUUCGGCGCGGCCUGGGUGCUUUCCACGGCUGUUUUUGUUCUUAUCAUCAUCACCCGUCGACACGCAAUCAAGGACCGGUCACUUCCACCUAUGGUAUUUAUUCCCACUGUCGGUGUCUCGACUCUAGCCACAGUUGGUGGCCUCCUCUCCAGUUUCUCGAGCCACAUUUCCGCGAGAAUGGCGGUACCGGUCAUCAUCUUCUCUUUCUGGUCUGUUGGGGUCGGAAUCUUCCUCGGGUUGAUUAUCUACACGAUGAUUGUGCAUCAGCUAUUUGCUAAGGGCUGGCCUGCACCUGAGCAAAGUGCUGGGAUGUUCCUCCUCGUGGGCCCCAUGGGGCAGUCUGCUGCUGCUUUGCAACUUCUGGGCUCUGCAGCUCAUCAAUACGGCAGAUUCAAGGGGUAUAACAAAGGAACAUUCUUGACAGAGACAUCAGCUGCUCCGCUUGAGGUUGCGUGCAUAUUGUUAGCGUUUCUGCUUUCCGGCAUGGCUACAAUUUGGUUGAUCGUCGCAUUCAUUUGCAUGAUCGAGCGUGCUGUGAAAAAGGAGCUGAGUUGGACUCCUGCUUGGAAUAGCGCUAUCUUCCCUGUGGGAACGUUGAUCACUUCGCUGUCGCAGUUCAGCAUCGAGAUGGAUUCGCCAUUCUUCCGCGUGAUGACUGCUAUAGGACUCGUCUGGCUUAUCAUAUUGUUCUUUGUCAACCUGGGCUUCACCUUGUGGCAAAUAUCCCAGGGCAAACUAUUGAUUGUCAAGGAGAAUCCCCGAGCCAAGCAAGAAUUGGAGCAGCAGAAGGAGCGGUAG